AAUGGCGUCUGCUGAUCUGAGGAAGGAGCUGGAAUGUUCCGUCUGUCUGAACAUUUAUUCAGAUCCUGUAACCCUGAAAUGUGGGCACAACUUCUGCCAGGACUGUGUUGGUCAAGUGUUGGAUACACAGGAGGGGUCUGGAGGUUAUUCCUGUCCUGAAUGCAGAGAAGAGUUCCAGGAUCGUCCUGCACUGCGGAGGAACAUAACACUGCGUAACAUAGUGGAGAAUUUUCUGUCUGCUCAGCCAGCUCAGGAGUCGUCCGGGGUCUUCUGUACUUACUGUAUUCACACUCCUGUACCUGCUGUGAUCUCCUGUCUGCUGUGCGAAGCUUCUCUGUGUGACAAUCACCUGAAAGUCCACAGCAAGUCACCAGAACACGUCUUAUGUGACCCCACCACUUCCCUGGAGAACAGGAAAUGCUCCGUUCAUAAGGAACUACUGAAGUAUUACUGCACUGAGGACUCCACCUGUAUCUGUGUGUCCUGCAGUUUGGUUGGAGAACAUCGGGGACACCAGGUGGAGACUCUGGAUGAAGCCUCUGAGAUGAAGAAGAAGAAACUGAGCAAUGUUCUGCAGAAACUGAUUAUCGAGAGAGAGGAGACAGAGAAGAGAGUCCAGAGUCUGCAGGAUCGCAGGAGGAACAUACAAGGACAAGCAGAUGAUGAAACAGAGAGAGUCACUGUCCUGUUCAGAGACCUCAGGAGACGUCUGGAGGACCUGGAGAAGAGAGUCCUGAGUGAGAUCUCCGGACAGGCAGAGCGGGGGUCUCUAUCACUGUCUGAUAUGAUCAAACAGCUGGAAAUAAAGAAGGAGGAGCUGUCCAGGAAGAUGGAGGACAUUGAGGAGAUGUGUAACAUGAAGGAUCCGCUGACUGUCCUACAGGAAUCAGACACAGGUGACUUGUGUGAUACUGAGGAUGGAGAUGAUGAGGACAGAGAGAGACAUGAUAGACUCCUCCAUGAUGGAGGGGAUCUGGAUGUGGCGGGGAUCUCACACACAUUACACACAGGUUUAUCUGAUAUCAUGUCUGAGGUAAAUGUACAGAAAUAUACAGAGACACAUGUCUCUCCACAUUCUGCUACACAGGGCAAAGAUCACAUCAAUGCUGGACCAUCCAGACCAGGGCCAAAUAUUGGGGCUGUACAGCAAACAUUGGGGGUUACAGACGUAUUACUGGAUGUGAGCACAGCUGGUAAUCAUAUACAUAUAUCAGAUGACAGGAAAACUGCGUUCAGAUCAUCACAUCAGAAUCGCCCAGAAACACCAGAGAGAUUUCAGUAUUAUCAGGUACUAAGCAGUCAGAGAUUCUCCUCAGGGAGACAUUACUGGGAAGUGGAUGUCGGGGGGUCAGAUUUCUGGACAGUCGGGAUGUGUUACACCAGUAUGUACAGGGGUGGAGGUCGAACAAGGAUUGGAUAUAAUAAGAAGUCCUGGGGUUUGGAGAGGAAAUAUAAUCAAUACUCAGUAAUGCAUGCCUACAAUGAGAUCCAAUUACAUGAAACUAUUUCCAGUAACAGAGUCAGGAUAGAUCUGGAUUAUGAGGCCGGACGGAUCUCCUUUUAUGAUCUGUGUGACCCGAUCCAACAUCUCCACACUUUCACCACCACCUUCACCGAGCCCCUCCAUGCUGGGAUCUGGGUAUUUAAUGGUUGUAUAAAGAUAUCCGGAGGGGAAGUCAGAUGUGAGAAAUCCCCCCAGAAACUGAUGGUGACCUCUUAGCGCAUAUAAUCUGAUGGGUGCAUUGCUCAGCCAAUAGGAGGAGUAAGCUGUAAACAGAAAAUAUAUAUGUUUUAUAAAGCUUCAGGCUCUGGGGCCAUCAUCUUUAUCAUAAACCUCACUUCACUAUCUA